ACAACCCAAACCCAAUAUCAUUCACUUCACAUCUCCUCACCUCCCCUGUUUCUCUUUCCCCUUGCUCAUUUUCUCAUCCAAGUCAUGGGCAAUUACAUCUGUCACUCCCCAUCGGGCUCUGCCGGUAAGGUAGUUUUAUCGGAUGGCACGGUUCAUGAGUUCAACGUGCCUUUAACAGUUGCAGAGCUCAUGCUAGAGCACCCUCAACAGGUGGUGGUGGAGUUUGAGUCAGCUGUGAAUGGUAAAAGGCCGAGUCCAUUGCCUGCUGACAAGAAACUAGACAUGGACAAGGUUUACCUCAUGCUUCCCAUGAGAAGAGGGAAGCAACCAGCAUUGUCAUCGGAGGAAGCCCGGCAGCUGCUUGCUGUUGCUAACUCUGUUUCGAAUCGUAGGUCUUUUUUGUCGCUGACGACUGGAUUUCUUCCAUUGUUUGCACGGAUAUGCAGCGGAGGAUCAAGAGAGGGAGGGGGGUUUGUGUCGGGUGGGAAAGAAAACUCAGUGGGGAGGAGGGGAGAGACGACGAAAGUUGAGUAUUUGCCGGAAAUUUUAGAAGGAAGGCCGGAAUAUUUAAGCAAGCAAUUUUCCGGGAAAGGGUGGAAGCCCAGUUUGGAUACCAUCAAGGAGAAGAUUGUCAAGAAAAAGGUCCCUCAUUGGCUGCUCUAAGCUAGUUGUAUAGAAUCAGGUUUUCUACGUGCACAAAAUUCAAUUACAAUAUCAGAUGGUGAGACUCACACAUCGAGAGAAUCUUUGUGUCCGGUUUUGUGCACUUAGAAUUUUUCUGAUCAAAUACUAUUGAAAGCUUGAUUGUGAAGGCAAUCUAUGUAGAUGGUAUGGUUAAGUUUUUUUUUUUUUUUUUUUUUGAACAGGUAGGGUUGAGUCUUGGGGAUUCAAUUCUUACUGUUUUUUGUUUUUUUAAAUGUUAGUGUCGCCAAUAGUCAAAGUUUAGAUAUGCUACCAUGUCUGGUGUGGACAGUGUGUGGAAGGGUUGUAGUAGUGAUAUAUGCGUUUUUAUUUUGUAUUUUGUACUUUGUGUAAUGAGGUGAAGAGUAAAACCAAAGUUGUUGUAUUUGUCAUAGUUUGGGUAAAGUAUUUAGAUAUGUUCAACUAAAGUGUACGAGUUGUUACCAAAAGCCUUUGAAUUGGUAAUACGUAGUUUGGUUAACAAUUGUACACA